GGCAGAACCCGCCGACUCCACCGUGCCCGCUUCCAGUUCUUGAUCCGGCUUCGUCUCGACGACUUCACGACGACGACUUCAGACACACACCCUGCUACGCUAGGAGGCUGUUAUAGCUACCACACGCAUUGUCAACCACAUCGACGUAAACCAGACUAUCGACGAGACUACUUCACCUACCAUGGCUUCAGAACAGAAUAAGGAAUACUUCAAUAACGAAGCUGCAGCGUACGAUGCAAAGCACGCAAAGACCCUGGACAGGAUUGUCGAGGAGAUCCAGGCCAGACUUGACUUUAUUGGAGUCGACUGGGUAGAUGAGGACGCCGAUACAGGAAGCGUGAGGCUUCUGGAUUAUGCCUGCGGUACUGGAGUUGUGUCUAGAGCUCUAGCUCCUUAUACCACACAAUGUGUCGGUAUCGAUCUCUCAGAGAACAUGGUCGCUCAGUAUAACGCCAGAGCUGAAAACCAGGGCCUUGCUCGCGACGAAAUGUAUGCCUACCAAGGCAACCUUCUAGACCCAAACGAUCCCGAUCCCAGGGAAUUUUCCGGCUUCGACUUCCACCACUUCGACAUCGCUGUGGUCGGGUUGGGCUUCCACCACUUUGACGAUCCCGCUCUUGCGGCACAAAGGCUGGUCGAGCGGCUCCGGCCGGGCGGUGUUCUGCUGAUCUUGGACUUUUUGCCGCAUGGCAAGGUCGCUGAUGAACACCACGCUGCUUCGCAUACGAUCACGCACCAUGGCUUCUCCGAGGAACAGAUCAAGAAGAUCUUCGAAGAUGCUGGCGCCGGCAAGGACUUCGCGUUGGAGACUAUCGGCAUUGCCUUUAACCGUGCCACGGAACAGAGGCCCGAGGAGGUCCGCAGACAGGUCUUCCUUGCGCGUGGAACCAAGGACUAAGAGGAAGGAGGGCUUCAUUUGGGAACACCAUGUAUGAUAAGAUGUGGUUGAUGUUGAGGCUUAAAUGUCAAAGUCAUUUGCAAGACA